AUGCCUAAACAGCGGCACCUCCUCUAUAGAUUGUGUGUGGUUCCCAUUGCCACAUACGGUUAUCGUCUUUGGUACUUUGAUGGCGCCUGUAAUAAGGGUGUGAUGAACCAGCUAAAAUGGAUGCAGCGAAAAGCUGCUCUAUGGAUCACGGGUGCAUUCUGCACCUCCCCUACAGGUGGUCUUGAGGCCUUAGCAGGUCUCAUCCCCGUCCACCUUAUGCUGAAGAAGUUGGCAACACGUGCAGUGUAUCAUGUCGCCACCCUCUCAGACACUCACCCUCUUCGCUCCAUGAUGGGCGAGGGACUCCUCAAGCGGGCCGUACCACACGCCCCCUCGGCCACCUUGAUGACCCCAGCUAUGCGAGGGAAAGUCAAAAGCACUGUUAUGGAGGUGGAUGAGCGUGUCCACACCUUAACUGAGAGCUUUGAGCCUUUUGCGCCUGAAGCCUGCCCUGGUGAUCGGUUAUUGGACCGCUAUGCGGACCAUCUCCAUUUUGACAAGCACAAUCCUACUCAGGAUAGGCGCCCAUAUUUAGACAAGCUCAUUGCUAAUGCAAGGGCUGACCCCCUGACAGUACUGGUGGCAACCGAUGGCUCUGUUCCUUGGUCCAACCAGUAUCAGGCUGCUUCAGCUGCCAUCAUCUACAAGGGACAUCACAAGCUCGGGAGGACCCACUAUGUCUCUGGCAGAGUUACCGCCCCUGAUGCAGAACUCAAUGCCAUUGCAUGCGCAGUGCAUCUUGCUGUUAAGCAGGCAAACUGCCAACAUAUCAUGGUCUUUACUGACUCUAUGGGCUUGGCCCACAAAGCAGUAGACCCCUCUGUGUACUCUGGUCAGGCUUUCAGUCUGUCAGUCUGUCACGCUCUCCAAGAGUGGUUCGAGGUGGAUGAUCUCCGCCGCAUCACCUUUGUCUAUGUUCCGUCUGCUCUGCGGUGGGAUAUUCAUGGUGAAGCACAUAAGUAUGUCACCGAACUUAAGGUCAGGGUUGGGUGCCACAAGACAGAGAAUUCUAUAGACGUGCUUUGCUCCCAAGCUGCGCACUCAAGUCUGGAUGGAUGGGGCUCCAUGUUCCAAGAUCGUACUUACCGAGGCUCCAAAUUCUUGGAGCUUCAACAGCCUGACAGGUGGCUGAUUCAGCCAUCAUACCUCAAUGGAGGACCUUGGCUUUCAACCUUUGGACCCAGUAUUACUGAGUUCACUUAUCAAUGA